AUGUCGUAUAACAACGGAGGAUAUAGAGGUGGCUCAAGUGGUGCAGGUGGAUACUCCAAUGGAGGAGGUUUUGGUGGCAGAGGUGGCUACGGUGGUGGAUCAAGAGAUGGCAGUUUUGGUGGAAGAGGAGGAGGAAGAGGUGGUUUUGGGGGUAGAGAUGGUGGUUUUGGUGGAAGAGGUGGAGGAAGGUUUAAUGAUGCACCAAGACAAGAAUUAUCUGUUCCACAGUGGGAUAUAGAGCAAUUACCGAAAUUUGAGAAGAACUUUUAUACUGAACACCCAAAUGUUGCAGCUAGAUCAGAUGCUGAUAUUGAAGCUUUUAGAAACAAAAACGAAAUGAGUGUGCAAGGUCAUGAUAUCCCACAUCCAAUUACUACCUUCGAUGAAGCUGGUUUCCCUGACUACGUUUUAAAUGAAUUGAAGGCACAAGGUUUUCCAAAACCAACUGCUAUUCAAUGUCAAGGUUGGCCUAUGGCUUUAAGUGGUAGAGAUAUGGUUGGUAUUGCCGCUACUGGUUCAGGUAAGACCUUGUCAUAUUGUUUGCCAGGUAUUGUUCACAUCAAUGCUCAGCCAUUGUUGAAACCAGGUGAUGGACCUAUUGUUUUGGUUUUGGCACCUACAAGAGAAUUGGCUUGUCAAAUUCAAACUGAAUGUAGCAAAUUCGGAUCAUCAUCUAGAAUCAGAAACACUUGUGUUUACGGUGGUGCCCCAAAGGGCCCGCAAAUUAGAGAUUUGGCAAAGGGUGUUGAAAUUUGUAUUGCUACUCCAGGUAGAUUGAUUGAUAUGUUGGAAGCUGGUAAGACUAACUUGAAGAGAGUUACUUAUUUGGUUUUGGACGAAGCAGAUAGAAUGUUAGAUAUGGGUUUUGAACCUCAAAUCAGAAAAAUUGUUGAUCAAAUCAGACCAGACCGUCAAACAUUGAUGUGGUCUGCUACUUGGCCAAAGGAAGUGCAAGCCUUGGCCAGAGACUACUUGAAUGAUCCAAUUCAAGUUACUAUUGGUUCAUUGGAAUUGGCUGCAUCACACACAAUUACUCAAAUUGUCCAGGUUGUUACUGAAUAUCAAAAGAGAGAUAUGCUUGUUAAAUAUUUGGAAAGUGCUUUGGGUGACACCAGCUCCAAGGUUUUGGUUUUCGCUAGUACCAAGAGGACAUGUGAUGAUGUCACAAGUUAUUUGAGAUCAGAUGGAUGGCCCGCAUUAGCCAUUCAUGGUGACAAAGAGCAGCACGAAAGAGACUGGGUCUUGAAGGAAUUUAGACAAGGAAGUCAUUCCAUUAUGGUUGCAACUGAUGUUGCUGCCAGGGGUAUUGAUGUCAAAGGUAUUACUCAUGUCAUUAAUUAUGAUAUGCCAGGUAACAUUGAAGAUUAUGUCCACAGAAUUGGUAGAACUGGUAGAGGUGGAGCUACAGGUACAGCUAUUUCAUUUUUCACCGAUAACAAUAAGAAAUUGGGUGGAGACUUAUGUAAGAUUAUGAGAGAGGCUCAUCAGACUAUUCCACCCGAAUUGCAACAAUAUGAUAGAAGAGGUUAUGGAGGUCACAUUAGAUAUGGUGCUGGUAGAGGUGGUCGUGGUGGUCGCGGUGGAUUUGGAGGAAGAGGUCGUGGUGGAUAUGGAGGUAGAGGUGGUGGCCGUGGAGGUUACUCUUCUGGUUCCAAUACUGCUCCAUUGGGGGGCAACCGUCGUUUCUAA